AUGGAUUAUCCAACACCGACUUUAUCAGAGUUAAAGAAACAAACUGCAUUGGGACGAUCAACGAUUGAAAAGGUCAUAGAAGGAUUUCUUUCUUCAUAUCAUAAUGGUUUAACAAAAGACCAUUCUACAAUGAUACCAUCGUACGUUACUUGUCUCCCAAUAGGCAUAGAGACUGGCAGCUGUCUUGCCUUGCAUUUGGGUGGCACAAAUCUAAGAGUGGCAAUGGUAAUAUUGGUAGGUCCUGGUAAAACUGAGUUGGUGCAUAAACAAUAUAAAGUUCCUGACGAAUUAAAAACAGGAACAGCCGAGCAAUUAUUCGAUUGGGUGGCAUUAUCUGUUAAAGAGUUAUUGGAUGAUUUGGGUUAUGAUGAUUUGGAUAUCGAUGAUCUGGCGGAGGAGGAUUAUAACUCUAAAGUAUUAUGCACAGGCGUUACUUUUGGUUUUCCAAUAAAACAAACCGCAAUUAACCGGGGUUUUGCUAUGCAAAUGGGAGAAAGAUUCAAAGGGUUAGAAAGUCAUGAUUUAGUCGAAUUAUUACAAGCUGCAUUUUUUAGAAAGAAUUUCAGAGUUCGCAUUUCAGCCAUAGUCAAUGAUGCGGUUGGCACACUUGUGGCAAGUGCUUACAAAGAUCAAAAUACCAUUGUUUCAGUGAUUUUAGAUACAGGAACUAAUGCUGCAUGUAUUUCUGAAACUUCAUCAAUUUCAAAAAUCAAAUUUCCAUCAAGAACACCAGAAUAUAUGAUUGUUAGUACUGAAUGGAGUAUAAUGGGUGCUGACUUCUUACCUUUUAUAAAGUAUGACAGGAUCCUUGAUCUGCAAAGUAAAAUCCCAGGAUUUCGACCUUUUGAAAAAAUGGUUAGUGGAAUGUAUUUAGGUGAAUUGGUGAGACUAACAAUUGUUGAUUAUGUGAAAACUUUUAAUUUGUUUGGUGGGUUCUUACCAGGAGGGAUGGAAAUACCAUAUAAUUUUUCAAUUACGCAAAUUGACAAAACAGCUGAUUGUUCAGGAAUAUUAAAAGUUUUAUUAAAAGGAUUUAGAUUUCCUGAUGGUAAAAGGCCAAAUAAAGGAGAUAUGAAAAUAGUGACUGAAAUUGUAAAAGCGUAUUCUAGACGUUCGGCUCAACUAUCAGCUAUAGCUGUUGCUUCAUUGAUUAAACUGCAAUGUCCAGAUUUUCCUUCAGUUGAACGAGAUAUCAGAGUAGCAAUUGAUGGAUCAUUGUAUCAUAAAUACUAUAAAUAUUCUAGUCAAAUGAGCAAAUAUUUAAGAGAUCUUCAAGGAAUCCAUGUAGAUAAAAGAACCAAAUUAAGUGAAAUUAAAAAUGGUGGAUUCAUCGGUUCUGCAAUAACUGCUAUGAUGUAUUAA